AUGUGGUCGUUCGCCGCGCGGACGUUACGGUCCACCGCGCUGCGGCCGGCGCUCGCGCCGUGCUCGAGCGGCGCGUCGCACGCCGCGCGCGCGGGGAUCGCGACGACGUCCUCCUCGCGCGCGUCCGGCCUCGACUUGUUCGUCGAUCCGUGGCGAUCGCUCAGCGAGGAGAAGCAAAAGGAGGACGUGAUCGGGCGGGAGUGGCAAGCGCGCGAGCUGCGCUUGAAAUCGUUCGACGACCUUCACGCGUUAUGGUACGUCCUUCUCCGGGAGAAGAACAUGCUGCAGACGGAGAAGUACCUCGCGCGUGCGAACCGCGUGCAACCGCGCGCGGCGCAUCGCAUCGGAAAAGUCCGAAGAACGAUGGCCCGGAUCAAGCACGUUUUAUCGGAGCGCGCCAUCGAGGACGCGGGGGACGAUUGGAAGAAACGCAAGCAGUUCAUGGACAUCAUCAACGCGAGAUAG